AUGAUGUUCCCCAGUGUCAUUGCCCCUUCAGCUAUGUAUCCGGGUCUGCUGCGGCCGACCCCAACCCUGACUCUGCCCCAGACUCUACAGUCCGCCUUCUCCUCGCAUGCAGUCGGGGCCAGUUUCCUGGUGGAAGACCUGCUGAGGAUCAGUCGGCCAACCGGCUACCUGCCCCGCUCUGUUUCCCACAGCCUCCCGGGGAACGCCAGCCCGGUGUCAGCGGAACAGGUCAGCAUGGGCAGCUCGGUACCUGCUGGAAGCUGCUCCCCGCAUCCCGCUGUCUCUCCCAGAAACGAUUCUAGUCACCUCAAGUUCGGUGUUCACGCUAUCCUUUCCUCAACCCCAAGAACCGAAACGCCCCAUCCGCUGAUGCAGGGACUUUCGAGGCCGAAGACAUUGUCCUUCCCUUACUUUGAAGGCACUUUCCAGCCCUUUCUCCGUUCCUCAUACUUGCCAGUCUCUUCCUCAGUGGUGCCUAUCCCUGGGACCUUCUCUUGGUCCCUGGCCACCCGGGGCAAGCCCAGGAGAGGGAUGCUACGUCGGGCUGUUUUCUCAGAUGUACAACGGAAAGCUUUGGAAAAGAUGUUCCAGAAACAGAAGUAUAUCAGCAAACCCGACAGGCGCAAACUGGCAGCGAAAUUGGGACUGAAAGACUCCCAGGUGAAGAUUUGGUUCCAGAAUAGACGAAUGAAGUGGAGAAAUUCAAAAGAAAGGGAGCUGUUGUCUGCUGGGGGCUGCCGAGAGCAAACUUUGCCCACAAAGUUAAACCCUCACCCUGACCUCAGCGACGUGGGUAAGAAGUCACCUUGCGGGCACCUGUCCGGGGACGAAGAGGAGACGAGCUACAGAGACAGUCCUAAAUCUUCCAUAUGCCACUCGCCAGGGUACAAGGAUAACAUAGACACACACCUUCGCCUCUUAUCACACCAGCGCACUGACCCCCAUACGUACUUCUCAGAGGAAGAGGAGGAGGACAAAGAGGAGGAAAUAACCGUCUCGUAAACACCCGUCUCCUCCAGCUCACUUUGCGAACGGACACUUUCGAUAUUCGCGAAGGAAGAGAGGAAAAUACAAAGUUGUUUCUACGCCCGAGAUGCUGUGUCUGCGCAGCUUCAGUAAUCUGUAUACAGUUUGCUUUUUGUACAAAUGACAAGUUGUGUGAAUAUUUUAUUACAAGAUUAUUAUGAAUGACUUAUACCUAUAGUUUGAUUAGAUUUUAAUUGAAAGUUUGCAAACGUUUUAAUGACUUAACUUGCAAAUGUAGACUU